AUGGCAGAACCAUUAACAACAUCCAGUCUUCAAAAGGUUACUGAGGAGAGGAAAAUGAGUCCUACGUCAUGUGAAAUUUUCAAUGAACUAAGACUGCAGGGGAUACUCUGUGAUGCGAUUCUCAAGGUUGAUGAAGUAGAAAUGAAAGUUCACAGGAACAUAUUAUGUAGCUGCAGUUCAUAUUUUAGGACUUUGUUUACUGGUUCCUGGAGCAACUCAAAGAAGAUGGUACACAUCAUUUCUGGGAUUUCUCCAGACACGAUGGAGAAGAUCAUAGAAUAUGCUUAUACCAGAACAGUAUCCAUCACUGACAGCAAUGUUCAGCAGCUUCUGGCUGCUGCGGAUCAGUUCCAUGUGCCAGCCAUAAUGAGGGCCUGCUGUGAGUUCCUUGAGUCCAAGCUCUGUUCAGAGAACUGCAUUGGAAUUUGGAAAAUUGCAGAUUACUACUAUUACAAUGAGCUAAAACAGAAGGCCCACAUAUUCAUUCUUCACAACUUUGCAGAGCUGGUAGAAAUAUGCAAUGAGUUUCUGCAGCUCUCAGCUACUGAACUGGAGGAAAUAAUUGAGAAAGAUGAGCUAAAUGUGAAACAGGAAAAUGUGGUGUUUGAAGCUAUCAUGAAAUGGAUUUCUCAUGAUGCACAAAGUAGGCAGAAGUUUCUUCCACUUUUGCUUCCCAAGGUGAGAAUGGCACAACUGAAGACUGAAUAUUUUCUGAACAACAUCAGAAAUAAUGAGUAUGUAAAAGACAGUGAUGAAUGCAAGCCUGUUAUCUUAAACACCCUCAAAAUAAUGUAUAAGCUUAACAAUAAACCUCACAACGAAGGAUUACGGAAUCUGCUAACUAGGCCCCGACUUCCAUAUACAGUCCUCUUUGCUACUGGUGGAUGGAGUGGUCCUAGCUCUACAAGCAUCAUUGAAGCAUAUGAUGCCCGUGCUGACAGAUGGGUGAAUGUCACAUGCAAAGAAGAAAAGCCUCGUGCGUACCAUGGUACAGCAUACCUCAAGGGAUAUAUGUAUAUUAUGGGUGGAUUUAAUGGUGUGAAUUACUUCAACAGCGUCAGGCGUUUUGACCCUGUCAAAAAGACAUGGCAGGAAGUUGCUCCUAUGCAUUCAAAACGUUGCUAUGUUAGUGUGACUGUACUAAAUGACUUAAUUUAUGCCAUUGGAGGAUUUGAUGGCUAUACACGCCUUAAUACAGCAGAGCGAUAUGAGCCUGAGACCAACCAAUGGACUUUGAUUUCUCCCAUGCAUGAAAAGAGGAGUGAUGCAAGUGCUGCAACUCUAAAUGGAAAGGUAUACAUAUGUGGGGGCUUCACCGGGAAUGAAUGUUUAUUAACAGCUGAAGUAUACAAUCCAGAAACAAAUCGAUGGACCCUCAUUGCACCAAUGGGAAGCAGACGCAGUGGAAUAGGAGUGAUUGCAUAUGGAGAACAUGUUUAUGCGGUGGGAGGUUUUGAUGGAGAAAAUCGACUUCGUAAUGCAGAGGCCUACAAUCCCCUUACCAAUACUUGGCAUACCAUUGCCGAGAUGCUUACUCCUCGUAGCAACUUUGGAAUUGCAGUGUCAGAUGAGUUACUGUUUGUUGCAGGUGGCUAUAAUGGUGCUUCAACGACUUCCAAUGUUGAAUACUAUGACAAGAAGAACAACAAAUGGUCCUCUGCACGUAGGAUGAGUCUUGCUCGCAGUGCUUUGAGCUGUUGUGUCAUUGUAGGCUUGCCAAAUGUUAAAGAAUAUGCAGUAGCAAGGGAUGACUGUAUUAGGUUUCACAUCCAAAAGAAGUAA